AUGCUUUUCCUCCCAGCUGCUGCUCUGUGCUGUCUGUGUUCAGCCCUGGUUGCCAUGGCAGCAGAUCUGACCCAGGACCAGUUAACACUGACCAGGAGAGUUGGUCAAACAGUCUCCUUCAGAUGUGAAGGAACUCACCAGUGUGAUAGUGAUUAUAUACGCUGGUACCAGAAGAAAGAAACAGAAACAUUCAGAGUGAUUCUGUAUAUUGAUAAAAGCAAUGGUGACAUUUAUAAAUUUUACAUUCAUACUCAGGUAAAUGAUUUCUCAGCUGUGUAUAAACAGAACAGUUGGGAGUUGGAGAUAAAGAAAGUUAAAGUUGAUCAUUCAGCCUCCUACUACUGCGCCUGUUGGAAGGAUGUUCCCCGGUACUUCAUCUUUGGCUCUGGAACUAAACUGUAUGUAACAGAUGAGCAGGUAGUGAAGCCCGUGGUGAGCGUGUACCCAGCAGCAUCCAGAGCCCACCUGGAGGGGAAGAGCUCUCUGCUGUGUCUGGCCUCACACAUGUUUCCUCCUGAGGUCAAGUUCUCCUGGAAAAGACAGAAGGAGGGCGGCUCUCUGGAGGAUCUGACUCCUGCUGAGGGAGAGCAGCUGGAGCUCAGAGAGUCGGGACGCAGAGCCUCCAUCAAGCUGGUGGAUAGAGAUUAUCUCUGCACAUAUAAAUACAUCUGCUCCGUCGAGCAUGAGGGAGGCACAGUCAAUUCCAAUCAAGAGGUUCUUCAUGUCUCUCAGUACAAAGUGAAGCUGCUCUGUCUGCAGUACACAGUGCUGAUAGUGAAGAGUCUGGUGUACUGCUGUGGACUCUCUCUGCUGACGAGCCUCAGAAACAAGGGACCGUCCACCAGCUCCACACAUGCUGACUGACUGUUUUCUGCUCCUCUUUUCUCUCCAUCACAUCUCAUCACUUCAUCUCAUUCAUCACUUUCAUCAGUCUUCAGAAAUGUUGUUGAAAUGUUCUUCUUUGUAAUCUGUAUCUGUUCAUUCACGUGUUGAUUGUCGUCCUGUAAAUAGAAACACAUAUAUUCACAUAAAAAUCUGCUCUUAGAACGUGUUCAUUCUCUAGUCGUCUAGUUUAUUUCCACUUUUAACUGGGACUUGUAUAAUAAUGAAAAUGAAGCUGAAUCAUCA